GCCGCGCAGGGGCGACUGAGCGGGAGUCGCGGGCCGAGCCGAGGCGGCGUGCGGCCCCUGGAGGGCGGGGACCGGCCUCGGCGCGCGGUGGGCGUGGCGUGGGCUGCAGGAAGCUGAGGCAGAGCAGAAAGGGGGCAGCAGCGGCUACCGCCGGCCUCCCGCCGAGCUGACAGGCUGGGCGGGCCCCGGCUCUGGGCGAGCUCGCGCGGCGUCGGCACCUCGGCCGCGGCCCGGGGUCGGAGGCGCCCGUCCGGGCGAGGGCUGCAGGCGGCUGCCGGGUCCGCCGCUGCGGGAUGUGAGUGCGGGCCAAGCCCGCGCGGGAGGGCCCCCUAGGGCCCAGCCUGGCGGCCGCUCGACCCUACGCCCGGCCCGGGGGCUCCCUAGACCUCGGCCCGCCCGACACGUCGCGGAGGAGCGGAUCCUGCGCGCCUCCGGGCGCUCCUGUGUGGCCCGACCCGUGUCCCCGGUUCCUGAAGCAGGCGACGGGAACAAGAUGUGAACUGUUUUUCCUCCACAGAAGAAGAGGCCCUUCUUUCCCCUCCCGGGAAGGCCGAUGUUCUGAAAAAGGCUGUGGAUGGGAAUGGCUUGCCUUACAAUGACAGAAAUGGAGGGAACUUCCACAUCUCUUGCACAUCAAAAUGGUGAUAUUCCUGGAAAUGCUAACUCUGUGAAGCAGACAGAGCCAGUCCUUCAAGUGUACCUGUACCAUUCUCUUGGGCAAGCUGAAGGAGACUAUCUGAAGUUUCCAAAUGGAGAGUAUGUUGCCGAAGAAAUUUGUGUGGCUGCUUCUAAAGCCUGUGGUAUUACGCCUGUGUAUCAUAAUAUGUUUGCUUUAAUGAGUGAAACAGAAAGGAUCUGGUAUCCACCCAAUCAUGUCUUCCACAUAGAUGAGUCAACCAGGCAUAAUAUACUCUACAGAAUAAGGUUUUACUUUCCUCAUUGGUACUGCAGUGGCAGCAACAGAACCUAUAGAUACGGAGUAUCUCGUGGGGCUGAAGCUCCUCUCCUUGACGACUUUGUCAUGUCUUACCUUUUUGCUCAGUGGCGGCAUGAUUUUGUUCAUGGGUGGAUAAAAGUACCUGUGACUCACGAAACUCAGGAAGAAUGUCUUGGCAUGGCAGUGUUAGACAUGAUGAGAAUAGCUAAGGAGAAGGACCAGACUCCCCUGGCCGUCUAUAACUCCAUCAGCUACAAGACGUUCUUACCGAAGUGCGUGCGAGCGAAGAUCCAGGACUAUCACAUUUUAACGCGGAAGCGGAUAAGGUACAGAUUCCGCAGGUUCAUUCAGCAGUUCAGUCAGUGCAAAGCCACUGCCAGGAACCUAAAACUUAAGUAUCUCAUAAACCUGGAGACCCUGCAGUCUGCCUUCUACACAGAACAGUUUGAAGUAAAAGAAUCUGCAAGAGGUCCUUCAGGUGAGGAGAUUUUUGCAACCAUUAUAAUAACUGGAAACGGUGGAAUUCAGUGGUCAAGAGGGAAACAUAAGGAAAGUGAGACACUGACAGAACAGGAUUUACAGUUGUAUUGUGAUUUUCCUGAUAUUAUUGAUGUCAGUAUUAAGCAAGCAAAUCAGGAAUGCUCAACUGAAAGUAGAGUUGUGACCGUCCACAAGCAGGACGGGAAGGUCUUGGAAAUAGAACUUAGUUCAUUAAAAGAAGCCUUGUCAUUUGUGUCGUUAAUUGACGGGUAUUACAGACUAACUGCGGAUGCACACCAUUACCUCUGUAAAGAGGUGGCUCCUCCAGCCGUGCUUGAAAACAUACACAGCAACUGUCACGGCCCAAUUUCAAUGGAUUUUGCCAUCAGCAAACUAAAGAAGGCAGGAAACCAGACUGGACUGUAUGUACUUCGAUGUAGCCCUAAGGACUUCAACAAAUACUUCCUGACCUUUGCCGUUGAGCGAGAAAAUGUUAUUGAAUAUAAACACUGUUUGAUUACAAAGAAUGAGAAUGGAGAGUACAACCUCAGUGGGACUAAGAGGAACUUCAGUAAUCUUAAGGACCUUUUGAAUUGCUACCAGAUGGAAACUGUGCGCUCAGACAGUAUCAUUUUCCAGUUCACCAAAUGCUGUCCCCCAAAGCCGAAAGAUAAAUCAAACCUUCUCGUCUUCAGAACAAAUGGUGUUUCUGAUGUUCAGCUCUCACCAACAUUACAGAGGCAUAAUAAUGUGAAUCAAAUGGUGUUUCACAAAAUCAGGAAUGAAGAUUUGAUAUUUAAUGAAAGCCUUGGCCAAGGCACUUUUACAAAAAUAUUUAAAGGUGUAAGAAGAGAAGUUGGAGAUUAUGGUCAGCUGCACGAAACCGAAGUUCUUUUGAAAGUCCUAGAUAAAGCACAUAGAAACUAUUCAGAGUCUUUCUUUGAAGCAGCAAGCAUGAUGAGUCAGCUUUCUCACAAGCAUUUGGUUUUGAAUUAUGGAGUAUGUGUCUGUGGAGAGGAGAACAUUUUGGUUCAAGAGUUUGUAAAAUUUGGAUCCCUGGAUACAUACCUGAAAAAAAACAAAAAUUCUAUAAAUAUACUAUGGAAACUUGGAGUGGCCAAACAGUUGGCAUGGGCCAUGCAUUUCCUAGAAGAAAAAUCCCUUAUUCAUGGGAAUGUGUGUGCCAAAAAUAUCCUGCUUAUCAGAGAAGAAGACAGGAAAACAGGGAAUCCACCUUUCAUCAAACUUAGUGAUCCUGGGAUUAGCAUCACAGUUCUACCAAAGGACAUUCUUCAGGAAAGAAUACCAUGGGUACCACCUGAGUGCAUUGAAAACCCUAAAAAUCUAACUUUGGCAACAGACAAGUGGAGCUUUGGCACCACUCUGUGGGAGAUCUGCAGUGGAGGAGACAAGCCUCUGAGUGCUCUGGACUCUCAAAGAAAGCUGCAGUUCUAUGAAGAUAAGCACCAGCUCCCGGCACCCAAGUGGACAGAGUUGGCAAACCUUAUAAAUACUUGCAUGGAUUAUGAGCCAGACUUCAGGCCUGCCUUCAGAGCUGUCAUCCGUGAUCUGAACAGCCUGUUUACUCCAGAUUAUGAGCUGCUGACAGAAAAUGACAUGCUACCCAACAUGAGAAUAGGUGCCCUAGGAUUUUCUGGUGCUUUUGAAGACAGGGACCCUACACAGUUUGAAGAGAGACACUUGAAAUUUCUACAGCAACUUGGCAAGGGUAACUUUGGGAGUGUGGAGAUGUGCCGCUAUGACCCGCUGCAGGACAACACUGGAGAGGUGGUAGCUGUUAAGAAGCUCCAGCACAGCACGGAAGAGCAUCUCAGAGACUUUGAAAGGGAAAUUGAAAUCCUGAAAUCCUUGCAGCAUGACAACAUCGUGAAGUACAAGGGAGUGUGCUACAGUGCUGGUCGGCGCAACCUAAGAUUAAUUAUGGAAUAUUUGCCGUAUGGAAGUUUACGAGACUAUCUCCAAAAACAUAAAGAACGGAUAGAUCACAAAAAACUUCUGCAGUACACAUCCCAGAUAUGCAAGGGCAUGGAGUAUCUUGGUACAAAAAGGUAUAUCCACCGGGAUCUGGCAACAAGGAAUAUAUUGGUAGAAAAUGAGAACAGAGUUAAAAUAGGAGAUUUUGGAUUAACCAAAGUCUUGCCACAGGACAAAGAAUACUACAAAGUAAAGGAACCAGGUGAAAGUCCCAUAUUCUGGUAUGCUCCCGAAUCCUUGACAGAGAGCAAGUUUUCUGUGGCCUCAGAUGUGUGGAGCUUUGGUGUGGUUCUGUACGAACUUUUCACGUAUAUCGAGAAGAGCAAAAGCCCACCCGUGGAAUUUAUGCGAAUGAUCGGCAAUGAUAAACAAGGGCAGAUGAUCGUAUUCCAUUUGAUAGAGCUACUGAAGAACAACGGAAGAUUACCGCGACCAGAAGGAUGCCCAGACGAGAUUUAUGCAAUCAUGACAGAGUGCUGGAACAACAAUGUCAACCAACGUCCCUCUUUCAGGGACCUUUCCCUUCGGGUGGAUCAAAUCCGGGACAGUAUGGCUGCAUGAAAGAGGUGACCUUUACUCAGAGACCAAGUAGACUUCCAGAACCAGAGCAAAGCUCUGUAGCCACAUGGCCAUGGACUCGUGUCCACGGGCCCUUAUCAUGAUGUUAGCCAGAAGAAAACGUGAUGUUGUCUGCUCAAGACUUUGGAAGCGUUGUGGAUUUUUAUGUACCAUCUGUAACCCACCGCAGAAGGCUGGCAGGAUGCUGUGAACUGGUGCACGGCACUCACUGCGUCAUCGCGUCUCCCCUGGCAAAAGAAGAAAGUAGACAGUUUUCAACUCAGCUCUUUGAGAAAUGAAAAAAGUUGUAAUGUAAAUUUUACAGUGUAAGAGAUGCACAGGACACACAUGUACAGUUUUUACCACGUGGCGUGUAUCAUACUUUGGCAUCCGUGUGAUUUACAUGAGGGCUGCUGUUUAUUAAUGUUUUUUAAUUUUUCCAUAGCUGAUCUAUAAUAACUACAUGAUACACAUUAAAAUCUCAGAAAAUUAAAUGCCCUUUCUUUCUUGCUCAUCUAUGUUGCUCUGUCAUACAGUUCCAUGUCAUUGUAAAUAUUUUUUCAAAGCAAAAGGAACAAAAGUCUAGUUUUAUUUGUAUAGAAAAUCUUCCUGACCCUAAAGAAUUUUGCAAGGGGACAGUCUUACAAAGUCACAGCACAAUCUAUUUUCUUAUUUGUUUUCCUUGUGUUUAUGGUAAAUAUGUUUUUAAAUAGAACUGUCUCCAACUUUUUCUAUGACUAUAAUGAAUAUUAUUCUUUUAUAUUUUUGAGAUUAAGAAUGCCAGAAAUACUUCCCUCCCUUGAACUGUUAACUGCCAAUGAGACAUCAAUCCCUGAGAUUUGUCAUUGUACAUUGGAUUGAAGCAUAAGCCAUAAAUAAUUUGUAAAGUGUGCAAGCUGUUUAAGAUGCUUAAUGGGUUGGAAAUGGCCUGAGACUGUGUGAGGGGUUUCCAGGCUGCCAUUACAGCUGUGAGAGGAGUGUCCCUUCCUCAGAGCCUCCCAGACAGAUGGGGCGGGGGGAGGUUGUGGAGCACAGGCUGUUCCUUCCACUCAAGAAUGCCAGGAGGCUCGUGACCCCAUCUCUGGAAGAGAGAGCACACGUAUUCUCAAAGUGUAAGUAAUUGUUUUCCUCCGUAGUGCAGCUCCGUCUUAGACAAUGUCAUGUCAACAAUAAAACAAGAUUUUUGUGUGUUAUUUAUACAAAUUCGGUGAUUUCUUUAAAAAACUCUUAUUUUCAGUGCUGUGUUCUGUUUUUUACCUUGGACUUAAGAGUUUUGGUUGUGCUGAAGAAAUGUGGGCCAGCUUCUCACAUUCUUUGAGAAUUUUAGUAGAUAACAUAUAUAGAAGCCAUCUAUGGGGUGGUGACACUAGUGGAUUUUGUUUUUAAAAAUAUAAUACGUAUUUUAAUGGAGGUUACAUAAAUUAUAUAAUUUCUCAGGUUUUCUCAAGUGUGUGUGUAUGUGUGUGUGUUUGUGUGUGUGUGAUACAGUUAAUGUCAAUUCUAUAGCUUCUCAAAUAAAAGUAACAUACAAUACA